AUGCAGUCCGUUCUCCGCGUCGCCCGCCCGGCGUCGCUCGCCAUUCGCGCAGCCAGGUCAUCCUCUGUCCGCACCAUCGCCACCAGCGCCGUUCGCCGCUCUGAGGACCAUCUCGCCUUUGCCCCCACCCUCUUUGGUCCCGGUGCGAAGAAAGGCGAGGUCGCCACCGCUGAGAACCAGUCCACCGGUCUCGACCGUGUAGAGUCUCUCGGUCUCCUUCAGGGUGUUGAGGUUUGGGAUCAAAACCCUCUCGACUCGAGCCGGAUUGGGACCAAGAAGGACCCUAUCAAGGUCAUUUCCUAUUUCCCCGAGCGUACCAUUGGCUGCACCGGAAGCCCUGCCGACUCGCACGAUAUUCAAUGGAUGGUCCUCAACAAGGACAAAAUCCGUCGCUGCCAUGAGUGUGGCUCUGUGUACGAGCUCGACUACAAGCCUGACGAGGUCGUCCUGCAAGAACUCCACCCCCAGGAGCAACUCUCCGAGCCUGCUCACGGCCACCACUAA